AUGUUCGCACUUCGGCAAAUUGUACAAGAUCCAACUACAGUCUCUGAGGUAAUUAGUGCUGUUAAAGACGUAGCUCCUUAUGUUCUUGGUGUAACUGCUACAACUGUCGUUACAUGUAAACUCUCAGCACAAUUCAAAACGUGGUUAGAAAAUAAUAAGAAGGAAGUUGAAGAAAGCGAAAAAGAUCGAAAUGGCGAGCCAACACCAGCGGUACCGCGUGGCGUCAAGUUUACCAAAGGUUACCAAGCUCAAUCUGGUAAAACAUAUUGGGAACGUGCGACUGAUGGCGAUUUAUUUGUCGAAAAUGUUGCACAUUCCAAGCCGCAUUUUGAAGUGUACUGA